AAACAUCACCACCGCUGUCUAGCUCCCUGUGGAUCUGUCUGUGCUAUGUCAACGACUUGCUUUGUGUCUGAUCUGCCCUGCCUUGGGUACGUCAGUGAUCUUCUGCAGCUCGAGGUACCCUCUUCAGAUCGCGUAUUCGCUCGAGGAGUAUCUUCUGGUCGGUUCCAUGAGUAGACUUCGCAUUGCAGCGAUCCUCAGGCGUUUGUGGGGUUUCUGUUUAUUGUACCACCGAUUCGUCACUGAAGCCGCUUCCAAGCCACUGACGUAUCUGAGUUUGUAUGAUCUCCGUCUUCGCCGUGUUGAGUUGCCAGCACCUGCAGCGUGAUCCUGCUGGUGAGGGUUCACAUGUACGGGACUGUCACAAACGCGUGAUCCCUUGAUUGGAGUGGACUGUUUAGCGAGAUUGCAGCGGGGAAGAGCAUAUCGAAUGCAGUAGCACACUUACGUAAAAGCAGUACUAUUCUAUUAGUUUGUCAAAUUGACAAUGGAGUUUGUGCCCUUCGGCAUCUUGUGCAGGCAACUGUUCUGGCUUCCCGCAUGCCACCUUUCCCUUCCUACCUUGCAGGGUUUCAUAGAAUUUCUUCGAACUCUAAGUUCAUGCUUGAGCUCUGCAUACAUGGUCUAGAUCGAAGCUGUCUCAAGAGAAUAUGCGACGAGUAUGGACUAGUGGCCUGAAGUCGUAGAGCUCAACUCGCACUGUAAAUCGAUCCUUCACAUCUUUGAAACUUUUGCCUCACCUCUAGCGCACGCAUUGAACAUCGAUUCUUUGUAUUGAGGACUUCCAUGUCGGCCUGAACGAGGCAUUGGCAAUACAAGUGUAGCGCAAGGUGAGACGCCGCUAGCCAUUUCAUCGACUCCACAAUCUUUCUCGUGGUGGCGGAGAUGGCUAUUAGCAGUACGGGAUACUAUAGCGGCCAGAAUGAAAUGUUCAUGCGGGACGAAAGCACCUCUAAUUCCUUGGCAGCAAUGCUCAGCCCCUGCCUUCCUCAAGUGGAUCUUCAAGCACGACGAUAUGGUGGAGGAAAUUUGGAAGAUGAUGGUCGUGUGCAAGGAGUCGGACAGAAGCGCCCUUCCUUUGCUACCAACGACAGCACAACUGUGGAGGAUGGAGCGGAAGAUGGAGACGAAGGCACAGCAAGUGCAUCGCACCUGGAGAAGAAGCGGAGGCUGACAUUAGACCAAGUAAGGUCGCUCGAGAGGAAUUUCGAGGUGGAGAAUAAGCUCGAACCAGAUCGGAAAAUGCAACUGGCCAAGGAGCUGGGCAUGCGACCUCGACAAGUGGCUGUCUGGUUUCAGAAUCGACGCGCGCGUUGGAAGACGAAACAAUUGGAGCGCGAUUACGAAACGCUGGAGGCUGGCUUUAAGAGGCUCAAGGCGGAUUACGAGUUAGUGCUGGACGAGAAGAACUACUUAAAGGCGGAGCUUCAACGGCUGUCUGGAGACACUCUAGGGUACAAACAAGGCGAUGAUAACCAAGGUGCGGAAUCCUCGAAAAUUCCCGAGAGAGAUCUAGAUGUGUCGAUUUCCGUUGCAAGGCAGCACAAUGCUAGAGCGUCUCCGACCGUCGAUACCUCUUUGGCGAAGGAGGAAACGAGGGGCAGCACCGACGGGAGUUCUAGCGACAUUGUAGACGCGGACAGUCCCCGAAGUACAGACAGCAGCCGAAUAUCAGCGAUUCAGAGCCACGACUUCCCGCCCGAAAGUUUCAUGGUCCACCCUGAGUUGCUCCAGAUCUACUCCGAAGAGACACUGCACCCAGAUAGUGCUGUGAAACUGGAGGAUGGGUUCCACGAAGACCAGUCCUGCAACUAUCUUUUGCUCCAUCUGGACCAUCAAAGCGGCGUACUUCCAUGGUGGGACUGAGCACGAAUCAGUGUCCACGAGUUCAUGUACAUACACAUCAACAAGAUCCUGGCUGAGAUUCUCAUGAUCUCAAUCUUCGUUAAGCAACAUCCCAACUCUAUAGCAAGUCCUUAAACCCGUUCAACAGGAUCAAUAUUCGACGUUCAUAACCUACGUCGCAAUUGUUCAGAGUGGGUAGCAUCAUGAAGUCUGGGCUUGCGACAGUUGUUUUGAUCAAAUCUCUCUCUCUCCCGCGCGCUCGCUCUCUCGUUUCCACGACGAGAUCCAACUGAGUUGCACACAGCAGUAGAAGCGGCAGAGUACCAUCCUGGGAUCUUGAGGCCAUUGUGCGUGAAGCGGCUUGGCUUCAAGGCAGAGAUCGAAAUCAUCCUCCAUGCUGACAACUUCAAGACGAUCUCGGUGUCAGUGGAACGCCAGGACUUGUGGUGGGAUUGGCGAUGGUGGGACUGAGCAGUGGGGCUGAGUUACAAUCCGAUGAGCGAAUUGGCAAGCAGAACAAAACAAAGCCAAAACCAAAAUAAGAGGCGAAGUUGAGGAUACAUCGUCUAGAUAUGUCCCCAUUGUCUGUGUUAUUAUUAUUAUUACUAUAUUCCUUAUUUUUUGCAUGAUUUUGUUUGUGUUGUGGGGGGUGGAUGGCUUCGGAACCCUUUUCUUACAUACUUGCCACGUCGGCCAUGCUCCGUUCCCUUCGAUGCCACAUGUACCAUGAUCCCCGUACAUACUUAUACGCACACAUGUAUACAUAUGUACGUACAUAUACGGUGUGCAAAGCUGUAGUUGCUUCCAGAAUGUUCCCCACUUUGACAAAUAGAUGGACUGACUCUUCCACUGUUCUUCUGGGGCUGUUCUUGUGAAACUUACAUACUUAGCAUUCUUG